UGAAAUCGUAGAAAAAAGACGGUUUAUUUUUCUGAGUAGUCAAUCAAACUCGAACAAAAUCGAGGCGCUCCUCCGACAGUCCGAGUCCUGGGAGAUCAUCGGCCUGAGAGGGCCAGAGAGCGUUUCGAAUUGGAUCCUUAGGCGUAAACCAAGAACUCUCGGAGAUCACCUUUAAUCACAACUCCGACUUCGAUAUUCGAAAUUAGGUAGUUACUAAGCAUAUUGCUGAUACUUGUAAAGGAAGUGCGCAUAUAAGUAAUCAAUAAUCCAAUUUGGAGGAUAUUGGGCGUGAAGAGUUUUCUUAUUUGCGCUAAAGAGACAAUGCAGAAUCAGGAAGGGCCCCAACCAGAUGGGGAAACGGAGGCCGCAACAUCCAUUCCAACAUCUGAGUUGGAUGACUGGGCAAAUUUUGGGGAUGAUGAUAUUAUGCACCAGCAAACUGCAAUCCGGGCCGAGGAAGCGGAGAAAACCCUAUUUGUAGGUGACAAGGAACCUCUGUCUACACUGGCAGCUGAAUAUCAAUCAGGGAGCCCUAUCUUGUUGGAAAAAAUAAAGGUGCUUGAUGAAAAAUAUGCUGCCAUUCGGCGAACAAGAGGGGAUGGAAACUGCUUCUUUCGAAGCUUUAUGUUUUCAUACCUUGAGCAUAUUUUGGAAUCACAAGACCGAGAAAAAGUUGAUCGUGUCAAAGCCAAUGUUGAGCAAUGCAGAAAAACACUCCAGAGCUUGGGUUAUGCAGACUUCACUUUUGAGGAUUUUUUUACGCUAUUCCUUGAGCAGCUGGAAAGUGUUCUUCAAGGAAAUGAAACUUCCAUAAGUAAAGAUGAGCUUUUACUUAGGAGUCGAGAUCAGUCAAUAUCUGAUUAUGUUGUAAUGUUUUUCAGAUUUGUUACCUCUGGUGAAAUACGAAAGCGCUCAGAAUUUUUUGAACCUUUUAUAAUGGGACUAACAAAUGCAAGUGUAGAGCAGUUUUGCAAGUCAUCAGUGGAACCAAUGGGUGAAGAGAGCGACCAUGUGCACAUUACUGCCCUGUCAGAUGCAUUGGGUGUGCCAAUCCGUGUUGUGUACCUUGAUCGCAGCUCAUGUGAUAGUGGUGGUGUCAGUGUAAAUCAUCAUGAUUUUAUUCCCGCUAUUGGUGAUCUUCCAAAUGCUAGUGGCAGCUCUGGGACAGUUACUCCCUUUAUUACCUUGUUAUAUCGCCCUGGUCACUACGAUAUUCUCUAUCUGAAGUGAAGCUGAUACAUGGUUGUGGUGGUUUUUUGAUGCCCUUGUCAGUGAACGAGGAGGCUCUCAGGCUAAAUCUAUGUUGACAGGACAUCUGGUGCCGAAAGGUGAAGGCCAGGGCCCCCUAUAUUUAGCUCAAUGCUGUAACUUGUUCUAAACUCCUCAAAAACUUGUGAGCUGUGUGACUGGAGACGAUGGGUCAGAAACAUGAGGUUCCUCAAAACUUUGGGACUUGUUGUAGCGUUCAGUUCUGAAUUGCGUGAAUUGUGUUUGAGCUCCUCAUCUGGUAUUUAAUCGUCCGUAUGGAAUUGCAUUCAUUAAAAAAAAAUUUCUGUUAUUACUUUGAGUUAAACCCAAAUUUUUUUGCCUA